CAAAAAUGCAUUUAAAUCCUGUUUUAUUCCCUUUCUCAAGCAGCAAAAAAAACCAAACCAAUAAUUAAUAUGAAAACCCAAUUUUUCCUCUCUUUAUUUUAGAUUUGGGAAAAUUCUCUGGCCAAAACAAAAAAAAAAUUCCUGGGAAAAUUGAAAAUUUUGUUUGUGAGAGGGGAACUGCAUGGCUGGGAAGAGCCAAGGCUGGGCUCAGCGGGGCCAGGGUGACUUUUAAAAAGGAGCUGUCACAGCUAAGGCAGAGAAGCCAAUUCUGGAGAAGGGAGGAGCAAAGCCUGAGUAAGCUGUGAGGAUCCCUCAGCAUGUCCAGCCAGGGGGAUGACUGCUACUUCUACUUCUACUCCACCUGCAACAAGGGCGAUUCCUGCUCCUUCCGGCACUGCGAGGCCGCCCUGGGCAGCGAGACCGUCUGCACGCUGUGGCAGGAGGGGAGGUGCUUCAGGAACAUCUGCAGGUUCAGGCACAUGGAAAUCGAUAAAAAGAGGAGUGAGAUCGCCUGUUACUGGGAGAACCAGCCCGGGGGCUGCCAGAAGCACAACUGCGCCUUCCACCACGCCAAGGGCCGCUACGUGGACGGGCUCUUCCUGCCCCCCAGCAAAACCACCCUGCCAAGCCCCCCCGAGGCUGCAGAGGACGAGGUGAAGCUGGUGCAGCUGCAGCAGAACAAACUCUCCGUUCAGUCCAACCCCUCCCCGCAGCUCAGGGGGGUGAUGAAAGUGGAAAAUUCAGAGAAUGUUCCCAGUCCCACCCAUCCCCCUGUGGUCAUCAACGCUGCAGAUGAUGAUGAAGAUGAUGACGACCAGCUUUCUGAAGAAGGAGAAGAAACCAAAACCCCAGUGCAGCCCCCAGCCACAGAAACCCACAAUGGGCUGAGGGUGAUUUCCACCAGGAAAUCCAAUCCCACUGCAAAGCAAGAUGACAACUUAAAUUUUGGAAUAAAAACCUUGGAAGAGAUCAAACUGAAGAAACUCAAGGAAAAAGCCAAAAAACAAGGUGAAGGUCCUUCAGGAGUGGCUGUGGAGCCUCUCCAAGCCCGGAGCAUUCCCGUGCCAGAGAAGGAAAACGUCCGGACCGUGCUGAGAACUGUGACCCUCUCCUCCAAGGAAGGGGAGGACCCUGUGAUCCAGCUGAACCUUCCUGACAGACUGGGAAAAAGGAAAGCCCUCAUGGGUGGGAAAACUUUCCUGCCCCUGAGGAGGAGCGUUGCUGACAGGCUGGGCAGGAAGGCAGAGCUGCAGGAAAACGCUGAAAAGGCCCCAAAAAGAGGCACAGUUCAAGUCCUGAAGUCCCUGAAGGAGAGGCUGGGGCUGCCCUCUGAGCAGAGCAGUACUGAGACAGACAAAGCUGCCAAGCCCAUCGAGGAGAUCCGGGUGAAAACCCUGGAGGAAAUCCGCCUGGAAAGAGCCAACCAGAGGAGAGGGGAGCCCCCAGCCAAAAUCCCAGCAGAUGGAAGGAAAACUGAAGAUCCCAAUUUAGGAGCAAGACCCUCCUUUGCUGCCCGCUCCAAAUCCCUGGCAGGAGCCCUGGUGGAAAAAAACCACAAAAGUUUGGGAGACGAGAAGGAAAAACCUGAGGAAUUCAACAGCAGGGCCAAAAGUGAGGCUGAAGGCAGGAGACAGAACAUUCCUGCUCCAGCUGUGGCAGGCAGGGUGCAGCUGGCAGAGCCUGGCAGAGCCAGGGGAGCCGGAGAAGUUCGGAUCAAAACCUUGGAGGAGAUCAAGAGGGAGAAGGCGCUGAGGAUGCAGCAGAGCGGGGAGAACGUUCCUGCUCCUGCUGCUGCUGCUGCUGCUGCCCCAGCCGAGGCUGCCCUGAGGGGCAGGAGGCUGCUGAGGGUCACCAAGCUCCUGGCACCUGGAAGAGAAGAAAAGAUGAUUGUGGAGCUGAACAAACCUUCCCCCAAAAGUGGCUCUGCAGCUUCUGAGAAUUCAGGGAAUUCUGGAGUUCAGGUGAAGAGCCUGGAGGAAAUCAUGUGGGAGAAACGGCAGCAGGAGAAACUGCAGCAGGGACCUGGGACAAUUCCAGCUGGGAAUCAGGAGAGGAGCCCAGAGAAGAACCUGGAGAGAAAUCAGGAGAGAAAUCAGGAGAAAAUUCAGAGGAUCCAGGAGAAGAUCCAGAGGAACCAGGAGAACCAAGAGAGGAACCAGAAAAACCAGGAGAGGAGCCCGGACAAGAACCAGGAGAAGAACCAGGAGAGGAAUCUGAGGAACCAGGGGAGGAACCAGAGGAACCAGGAGGAGAACCAGGAGAGGAAACUGAGGAUCCAGGAGAAAAACCAGGAGAGGAACCAGAGGAACCUGGAGAGGAACCAGGAGAAGAACCUGAGGAACCAGGAGAGGAUCCAGGAGAGGAACCAGGAGGAGCCCCCGGGCUCAGGGAGCCCCGAGGCCGCAGUGGGACCUGCCCAGCUGGGCAGGAGGAGAGGGGGCAGAUCCCAGGAGGACGUCGGGACAAACCCCGAGAGGGACCCGGGCAAAAAGGGAGCCCAGCAGCCCGAGAGGAGAGGCAGAGCCAAAUCCAGGGUGUGCCUGAAGCCUGUGGAUGCCAGAGCCCCUCCCAAGCAGCCCCUGAAGAGGAAGGUCCCCGAGGGCCACCCCCCUGCCGUGGUGGCAGUGAAGCCACUCAGUGCCACCAGCGGGGACACCCCAGAGCCCCCGGCCAAGGUUGUUGCCAGCCCCGAGGGCUCCCGGCCUCGGAGGGAGAAUUCCCAGAUCAGCCCCCAGCCUGGCAGCCAGGGGCAUUCCCUGGCCCAGGCAGAGGUGUCGGGAUCCUCCUCCUGCUCCUCAUCCCUGGAGGCGCCGCUGAAGCUGCGGCGCCUGAGCUCAGCCGGCGGCGCCAAAGCCGCGCUCUCGGUGGAGGACGACUUCGAGAAACUCAUCUGGGAAAUCUCCGGGGGAAAACUGGAGGCAGAAAUCGACCUGGAUCCAGGCAAGGAUGAGGAUGAUCUCCUGCUGGAACUCUCCGAGAUGAUCGACAGCUGAAAGUGAAGGAUUUUUAUUGGAAAAAAAAAAAAAGGGGGGGGGGAAAAGAUGCGACGCCAAAAAAAAAAAAAUCCCCUAAAAAAGCAAAAUUUCCUCCUGGCACCCCGAAGAAAUGCUGGAAAUGCUGUUGGAUCCGUGCAGGAGAUGCUUUCCCAGCUGGAUUGGUGGGAAUAGGCAGAGUCUGCUCUCAGUUAUCCCAAAAUUCCUGGUUGGGUUUGUCCCACGUGGGACGGAGCACUUGGAAUUCCCUGGAGGGACAACACAGAUCCCAUGGCAGAGCUCCCUCCUGGACAGAAAAACCCCAAAAAAAUCCCUGGAGUUACUGUGUCAACUCUGGAAUCCACGGUGGACUCGGAAUUGGGGGGAAUUCGGGGGUGGAAAAACACCGGGAGGAAUUUUGGACCAAACCCUGCCAGGGUGAGCCUGGCUCCGAACGAUCCAAGGGGGAUUUUUCUUGGAAUUUUGGGAUGGUGGAAAAAUCAAAAUUCCUCCUGGAAUUUGGGAAAAGGAGCAUUGCUUCAAGUGCCUCUGGAUUUUGAGGAUUUUUCCCUGUAAUGAACCUCCCACAUCCAGCUGGGAUCGUUGUGGGAGGGGAAAAAAAACAAAAAAAAACCCAAAAAAACCACCUGGAAUAUUCCCCCCUUGGCUGCUUCCCUCUUUUCCAACCUAUUUUGGAGAUGGGAUUGAGAGGAAUCCCCGUGGAUUUAUUUUUAUUUUUCAUUUUUGUUUAUUUUGAUUUUAGUUGGUUUUUUUUUUUGGUCCUGUAAAUAUUUUAUUCUUCCAUUUUAUAUUUGUAUGAUUCUAUUUAAGGGAUUAAAGGUAGGCUGCUCAAC